AUGUGUGGCACCGGCUUCGAGCUCACGUUCUGGGUGUGUACCGCACUCUGCGUCUUUUGGCUGCCAGUGACAUCCUCCCGGCCCCUCUUGCCCCAUGUGCACCAGUUCCAGGUGGUGUGGCCUGAGCGCCUGCCAACACCCCGUGCCCGUCGAUCCCUCGACUCCCACUGGAACCUAUAUCCAGACAGUGUGAGCUACGCCCUUGGGGCUGGGGAGCACAGCUUUACCCUGCAUCUCCGGAAGAACAGAAACCUGCUGGCCUCGGGCUACACAGAGACAUACACAGCUGCCAAUGGCUCCGAGGUGGUGGAGCAGCUGGGAGAACUGGAUCACUGCUUCUACCAGGGACAUGUAGAGGGGCACCAAGACUCGGCCACCAGCAUCAGCACCUGUGAUGGUCUCAGGGGUUUUUUCCAGGCAGGCUCAACUGUCCACCUGAUUGAGCCCCUGGAUGGGGAGGAGGAGGGUCGGCAUGCUCUGUACCUGGUGCAGCACCUCAAGGCGAAGCCCCCCAAGGCAAAUCACUCCACCUGCGGUGUUAGCAAUGCCAACCUUAUGCACAUCCUGGGACCAAGGAUUGCAGCAGCCUUCAGGCCCCGGAGCCAGCUACUGCCCCAAGUGCCCCGGCAUGUGGAGCUGUAUGUGGUCACGGACAGCACCGAGACCCAGCGGUACGGGGACCGUGACACCCUUCGCAGUCGGGUGCUGCAGGUGGUAAACCACGUGGACAAGCUCUACCAGGCACUCAGCCUCCGAGUGGUCCUGGUGGGCCUGGAAAUGUGGACGAAGGACAAGAUUGUGGUCAGCCCUGAGCCCGAAAUUACACUGGCCAACUUCCAGGCCUGGAGGGAGCAAGAGCUGCUUCCACAACACCCUAAUGACAACGCACAGUUCAUCACGAACGUGGACUUCACCGGCCUCACCGUGGGCCUGGCCACUGUGUCUGCCAUGUGCUCCCGGAAAGUCUCUGCAGGUGUAAACCAGGACCAGAAUAGCCACUACCUGUUCUUGGCAUCCACCAUAGCUCAUGAGAUGGGCCACAACCUGGCCAUGGACCACGAUGAGAAUGUGCAUGGCUGCUACUGCACUGUGCCUCAGGCGGAGGGCGGCUGUGUGAUGGCCACUAGCAUGGGCACCAAGUACCCCAAAAGGUUCAGCCAGUGCAGCCAAGCAGACUAUGAGGCCUUCGCAGAUACACCUCAGACAGAGUGCCUGCUGGGUGAGCUGGACACCAGCAAGCUCAUCAGUGACCCCCUGUGUGGAAACAAGCUGCUGGAGCGUGGCGAGCAGUGUGACUGUGGGUCACCACAGGAGUGCAAGAAUCCCUGCUGCAACGCCACCUCCUGCCACCUGGUCCCUGGGGCUGCAUGUGCCCAGGGUCCCUGCUGUGACAAAUGCCAGGUGAAGCCAGCCGGAGAGCUGUGCCGUGGCCGCAAGGAUAUGUGUGAUCUUGAGGAGUACUGUGAUGGCCAUGGGCCCGAGUGUCCAAAGGACACCUUCCAGGAGAACGGCACUCCCUGUACGGAGGGCUACUGCUACAACGGGGCCUGCCCCACAAUGGAAGAGAGGUGCCGCAAGCUGUGGGGUCCAGAUGCACAGGCUAGUGAGGACAUCUGCUUCACCUAUGACCUCUUACCAUCCUGCCACAGCCGGCUACAACCCAAAGGGGUAGACCGGUGCACCAUUCUGUUCUGCCAAGGUGGCCAGCAGCCCCAAAUGCAUGGCUCCUGCACCAUAAAGCCCCAGGGCAAGCACUGCCAGGCACUCUUCGUGGAACAGGGUGGGGCCUAUGAACUUGUCCCAGUGGGCACCAGAUGUGGCGAGGGCAAGGUUUGCUGGGAAAGUCACUGCCAGGAUCUGGACGUUUACAGGAUCAAAAACUGCUCUGCUAAGUGCAAUGGCCACGGGGUAUGCAACCAUGAGAAUAAGUGCCACUGCCAACCAGGCUGGGCCCCGCCGCACUGCGCGCAGCCUGGGUCUACUGUGACCACAAGGAAGACCACAGUGUCUACAGGCCUGUCCAAAGGAGCAGUGGUCGGUGUGGUGCUGUCAGUACUGUGGCUGAUACUCCUCCUGGUGGGCAUUUUUCUCUACCACAGCAGACACAAGAGGUAUGUGGCACCCAAGACCUCCCUGGGGCUCGCUAAUGCCCUGUUCCACAAGGGGCCUGGUGACAGUACACUAAGGAACAGCCGUGCUGCAGCCCCUACCAUGGACCCUCCACAAGUGGUCUCCACCACCGCCUCUCCCCACCACCCCAGACUCUCAAAUUCUACAGGGACCCCUAUGCAGCCACUCCCUAUUUCCCUUCUGGAGCUGAAGUCCAAGCAGACCCUCUUUACCGGGGGCUUGUACAAGGGGUCCAGGGUCUCCUUGAGGGCCAGUGCAGAGGGGCCUGCCACCCUGAGGCUGCUGGCUCAGGCUCCCGCACUCCCACCUCAGUAUCACAGCUUAGCUGACCAGGAGGUGACGCUGGGCAGUGCUGCCCAUGAGAUUUCCCCAGGCUACUGA